GGACGCGCCUUGCCGUGAGCGAUGGCCGUCAGCCCGCAAGCCAUGAACAGGAAGGUCGUGGUGAAGGCGACCGACAUACCCGACCACAUGCAGCAGGAAGCCAUCAGCGUCGCCAUGGCGGCAAUCGAGAAGCACAAGAUCCUGCGUGACGUGGCGGCGUUCAUCAAGACCGAGUUCGACCGCAAGUUUGGCCCCACCUGGCACUGCGUGGUGGGCCGCUCGUUCGGCUCCUACGUCACGUACGAGACCAAGCGUUUCACGUACUUCUACGUGGGCCAGAUCGCCGUGCUGCUUUUCAAGGCCGGCUGAACCGCCGCGCCCACCUGCUACGCGACGCACAAGGAACUCGAAAGUGCCUGCCGACACUGAAGUGAACGAAGGUGCUUCCUUUUCAAAGCCGGCUUCGAAUGAGCGAUGAAACCUCGCGACGCCCUGUGAACAUUAAGGAACAAA